UCCCAGGUGCGCAUGCGGCGGCUAGGCCGGAAGAGCUCACUGCUCUGGGACCAGCUGGGCCUACAACUCCCUGUGGGCCUCUCUGUGACGUCACGCUUCCGCCGACCGCUCCCAGAGUGCUCCGGGUCAGUCCGGCGCGUCCUGCGUCUGCGCCUGCGCAGGAACAGAAUGGCACGGCAGAGGGCGCUCCUGCUCCUGUUUCUGGUGGUGCAGCUGCUGCUCAUGGGGGCGUUGCUCCGCCAAAACCACUACCGCCAGGGCCUCACCUCCUUCUUGCGCCUCCUAACCCGGGCCAGGCCAGGGGAAGGGGAAGAGCUGCCCUUCCCGGCCCAGGUCUCCUCUCCAGGAGCACCUCGUCAGGACGUGUACUCCAACCUCAGCCAGAUCCGCCCCGUGGACACCAGUGAGGAGGACCUGCCCAACUGUCCUGACAUCUCUCCCUUUAUCAAUGGCCCCUUGAAAGUGAUGAUCCCAGAGAGCCUGACGAUGGAGCAGGUGGUGGAAAAGAACCCACUGGUGGAGGUGGGAGGCCAGUACCGGCCACCAGACUGCUGGACCCGGCACCACACGGCAAUCGUGGUGCCCUACUAUGGGCAGGCCCAGCACCUGCAGCACCUGCUCUUCCACCUGCACCCCUUCCUGCAGCGCCAACAGCUGCACUAUGCCAUCUACGUGGUGAACCAGGUGAACAAUACCGCCUUCAACCGGGGCAGGCUGCGCAAUGUGGGGUUCUGGGAGGCCAUGCAGGAGGAGGACUGGGACUGCGUCAUCUUCCAUGAUGUGAACCUCCUCCCGGAGGACGACCGCAACCUCUACGUCUGUGACAUCUUCCCCGCCCAUGUGUCCGUGGCCAUUGAUAAAUUCAACUACAAGCUGCCUCACGGAGGCUACCUCGGAGGAGUGUUUGCUCUGCGCCCGGUUCACUACCUGAGGAUAAACGGCUUCCCCAGCACACACUGGGGCUGGGAUCGUGAGGACAGUGACAUCGCUGCCAGGCUGAAAUUAAGCGGGAUGCUCCUCUCCCGGCCGCAUCGGCUCUUUGGCCGCUACCACAUGCUGGAGGAGGUGCAGACCCCCAGUCACCAGCAGAGGCCCCAGAGUCCUGGCCUUCGGGUCCCGAUCCAGCACAGGUGGCGCUAUGACGGCGUGAACUCGCUGGGCUACAGGCUGCUCUCCAAGGAGCUGCAGGCCCUCUACACCAACCUCACUGUGGACAUCAGCGUCCAAGUCCCAGGACCCCCAGUGCCAAGCUGAAGGGUAUCUGAAGGCUGGAAAGGAGCCCUUGAGACUAGGGCUGCGGUGCAGCCCUCCCACCCAUCCCACCUAGUUUCUUAUUAAAAGAGAGUUUAUUUGCUUCUCCCUUCUGCCCCCGCCCUUUCAUUUCCAUGCAUUUAUUCACACAGGUUCCCACUCAGUCUACCCCGCACUGGUUCUCUCCAAGCAGUGCCAAGUGCUUGACACACACCCCUUUACUUCUCAUGCAAACUUUUGGGGUAGGCACUGUUAUCAUCUUCCUUUUGAAAACCAGGACAGAUGAGUUUAAUAACUUGCCUGAUUAAUGUAAAAUC